UUGCGGAAGCUGUAAACAUCAUGUCCGUUUGUUUCAACUGAGAGCGGACUGCUGUUGUUAUUUAUGCUUCAGUCCGAACAAUUCAGAAAGUCUGAAGCGUCCACGAUGACGUCUAUAGUCACCGACACCGCGGAGGCCGUGGAUCUGUGUCCGGAGAACAACCUCUACCUGAAGCCCAUCGCCAAAAUGACCAUCAGCGUUGCUCUUCCUCACCUCAAGAUGCCGGGAAAGUCCAUCUCCAACUGGGAGGUGAUGGAGAGGCUGAAGUCUAUGGCUCAUCCGGACCAGUUCUCCUCGCUCCGAAUCUCCAAGAGCACCAUGGACUUCAUCCGCUUCGAUGGCGAAGUGGAGAACAGGAGCGUUGUGAAGCGACUCCUGAGCAAACUCGAGGGGAAAAGCAUCAAGCUGAGCGGAUUCACGGAUGUCCUGAAGGUGCGCACGGCCGAGAACAAAACCGAUUUCCCGACACGCCACGAUUGGGAUUCGUUUUUCCGGGACGCCAAGGAUAUGAACGAGACUGUGCCGGGGGAGCGUCCCGAUACCGUUCAUCUGGAAGGCCUUCCUUGUAAAUGGUUCGCCCAGAAGGACGGCUCUCCCGACAAGCCUUCGGAAGCGAUGCUCAAAACCGUUUUCGAGCGGUUCGGAAAGAUUCGUAACGUCGACAUUCCCAUGCUGGAUCCUUACCGAGAGGAGAUGACCGGGAAGAACUUCAACACGUUCUCGUUCGGAGGGCACUUGAACUUUGAGGGGUACGUGCAGUAUCUGGAUCACACGGGGUUCGUGAAGGCCAUGGACUCUCUGAGAGGGAUGAAGCUCAUGCUGAAAGGGGAUGAUGGGAAAGCCGUGGCCUGCAGUAUUAAGGUGACCUUUGACACGACGAAACACCUGAGUGAUUCCUCGCUGAAGAAACGACAGCAGGAGCGACUGAAACUGCAGGAGCUCGAGAAACAGCGAGAGGAGCAGAAACGCAGAGAGAAGGAGGAAGAGGAGCGGCGGAAGGAGGACGAGAGGAAACAGCGUGAGCAGGAGGAGCUGGAGAAGGAGAGAAAGAGGGAGGAGAAACUGCGUAAACGAGAGCAGAAGAUCAAGGAGAAAGAGGAGAAGAAGAACCAGAAGAAGAUGAAGAAGCAGCAGGAGGAAGAACAGAAGAAGCUCCACCAGAAGAUCGUGAUGGAGGAGAGGAAACUCUUGCUGGCUCAGAGGAACCUGGAGUCCAUCCGGCUCAUCGCGGAGUUACUGAGCCGAGCAAAGAGCCUGAAGCAGCAGCAGCAGGAGCAGCAGAAGGCGGAGCAGGAGCAUCUCCGUCAGCUGGAGGAGAGCAGACGCCAGCAGGAGGAGGAGCUGAGGCGCGUCGAGGCCGAGAAGAAGCGAACGCUCGAGCUCCAGAGGAAAGAGCGUGAGCUGCGGGACCGGCUGCUGGGAAACCUGCUGAAGAAGAGCACCAACACCGACGAGAUCGAGAGCGCUCCCGUCAUCGGCUUGGACCUGCAGAUCUGCCACGCGCAGGUCAACGGCGGCGAGAUCGACCCGGACAACCAGGACAGCAAACCAAAGAAACCGGAGAGUGUGGAGGAGCGAGCAGACGGAGAGAGACGCGAGCGAAGGAAUCAUACGCGACGUCACGAGAGGCGGAGUCAGAGUCGUGGGAGGCGGAGUCACAGCAGCGGGAAGCGGAGUAAGAGUCGCGGGAGGCGGAGUCACAGCAACAGGAGGCGGAGUCAUAGCACCGGUACGCGGAGCCACAGCAACGGGAGGCGGAGUCCGAGUCACGAGGGGCGGAGUCACAGUCACGGGAGGCGGAGUCACAGUCGUAACGGGCGGAGGAGCCGAACAACGAGACACCGGCGCCACCGGGCGAGGAAGGACAGUCACGGGCCGAGCAGCAGCAAGAGUCGCAGCAGCAACAGCAGGAGUCGCUCGUCCAGUCGAGGACGCCGCCGACACUCGCGUCACCGAUCCCGACGACACUGAGAGGAGGAUGAAGCUGCCGUGUGAGGUUUUUGUGACCUGGACGUGUUCUUGACCAAGAUUCACUGCUUGAAUUAAACGCUACAGUAUCUUGAACUUAUCUGGCUGUAUUUUUCCUAUUAGUAUCACAUUUUCUUUUUUAAGUUUGCCUUACAAAGACUGAAGCUUUGAUUGGUGAUUUUCUGUGAGAGUGUUUCGUUCAGCGUUAUUAAACUCCAUAGACUACAAUCCUUGGUUUAUGACUUGAAUUUGACUUUUUUGAAAGUGUUUAAUCUGUUCAUUUCAAGCAUCUCAAUGCAGUUUUGUGUAGGACUCUCAAUCUUAUGUAGAAGUUGGAUUUAUAGUGUUUUUUUUUAAUGGGGGAUCCAGCUUUGUUUUCCUCGGCACAAGCACAGGACUUUAUUUAAGCUGGAAACGCACAUGUAAAGUCGUUACGAAGACUGUUUUAUGGCAGAAGCGCCACUGAAGGACAUGUUUGUCACUCGUUUUAACUCGAGUUACCUUCCGGCAGGUCUCAAUAAAGCAGUGCUUUGGAUUUUA